UUUGGUUUCCGUCUAUCUUGCCCCUGGCAGCUUCAGGGUGAGCGGCUUUCCAGUGCCGGUUGCUACACCUGCCUGCACUCGACUUUCUCUUCUUGGGGCUCUCUCAGCCCCAAGUUCUGCAAGCCCCUCGGGGCCGGCUCCUGCCAUGCCGUUAGUUCGCUACAGGAAGGUGGUCAUCCUCGGAUACCGCUCCGUAGGGAAGACAUCUUUAGCACAUCAAUUUGUGGAGGGCGAGUUCCUGGAAGGCUAUGAUCCUACUGUGGAGAAUACUUACAGCAAGAUAGUGACUCUUGGCAAAGAUGAGUUUCACCUACACCUGGUGGACACAGCAGGGCAGGAUGAGUACAGCAUUCUGCCCUAUUCAUUCAUCAUUGGGGUCCAUGGUUAUGUGCUUGUGUAUUCUGUCACCUCUCUGCACAGUUUCCAAGUCAUUGAGAGUCUGUACCAAAAGCUACAUGAAGGCCACGGGAAAACCCGGCUGCCAGUGGUGCUGGUGGGGAACAAGGCAGAUCUCUCUCCAGACAGGGAGGUCCAGGCUGUCGAGGGGAAGAAGCUGGCAGAGUCCUGGGGUGCGACAUUUAUGGAGUCAUCUGCUCGAGAUAAGCAGCUGACUCAAGGCAUCUUCACCAAAGUCAUCCAGGAGAUUGCUCGGGUAGAGAAUUCAUAUGGGCAAGAGCGCCGCUGCCAUCUCAUGUGAGCCCUUGAGCAUGGGGUAGCUGCCUUGAUUCUGCCCCUGGCACUUGCCAGGCUCCAGUGGGGGCUUGGGGGGGCAGGCCCUCAGGACUUCACGGGUUUGUUUGGUUGCCAGCUGUGUCCCUGGCCCUCUGGGCACACAGUGUGGUACCCUCAUGUUUGCACACUUACCCGGGCUCCAGUGGCCUGGUUCUCGAUGUUUACAAAGAGGCAAGGAUGUCUCAU